AUGGCCGCCAUCAAGGCUUUAGAGCAGUGGUGUAAGACCCAGUGUGAUGGGUACCGAGACGUUAAAAUCACCAACAUGACGACUUCGUUCAGGAACGGAAUGGCCUUCUGUGCUCUCCUUCACAAGUACAGACCGGACCUGAUAGACUUUGACUCACUCAGCAAAGAGGACGUAUUUAAGAACAACAGUUUGGCAUUCAGAGUCGCUGAGGAGAAACUGGGGAUCCCUGCGUUACUGGAUGCUGAAGACAUGGUAGCUUUAAGGGUCCCAGACAGGCUGAGCAUUCUUACCUAUGUUUCCCAGUAUUACAACUACUUCAAUGGACGUCCUCCCACUGGAGGUGUGAAAAGGCCAGCAGAGGGCUCCAAGGAGGAGCCGUCUGAAAAGAAGAACCUCCCCGUGACUGCCAAAACCUUUGUGUCUAAAACGGCUGUUGAGAACCGUGUGCCCCCCACUCUCAUAGCUGAGACCUUGCCCACACUGACCAGAGCUGCUGCUCAGAACACAGUCCUGUCUGAAAGCUCCAAUAAAACAGGAACUCUCAAUAGUAAGUGUGCUGCAUGUAAGAGCCAUGUUCAUCUGGUCCAAAGGCAUUUUGUGGAUGGGAAGCUGUAUCACCGAGGCUGUUUCAAAUGCAGCGAAUGCUCCAGCUUGCUCUACAUUGGCACCUAUAAAGCCGGAAAGGAGCCAGACACUUUCAUUUGUAGCACUCGCCACAACAGCCAGACUAACAACAAGCCCUCCUCCUCUGGGGCUGUGGUCAGAAAUGAGCCCAUCAGUUGCAUUGUGCGACAGAACGGUGACAGCCAAAGCCAUCCUGCCUCACGUCCCUCGUCCAUGCUGCUAUCCACAACUCCGGUGGAUAGCGUUCCAAAGCCAAUCAACCCUAUCCCAAUGUCCUGGACGACCUCAGCCCAGAAGACACAGGCAGCCCGGCAGAAGUUCUUCCAAGCUGUCCCUCCAGUUGCGGAGGCCCUGGCCAGUGACGAGAAGCCCCCUAGGGUGUCACAUGUCUCAGGGCAACCAAAGGGCCCCAUGGGCUCCAAUGAGAGGAGCAGAGCAAAGCCGGCGAUUGACAGGAAAUUGACAGAGGGAAACUGCAACAAUAACAACACUUGCAACUUCACCAUCAGACCAGCGGAGAGAAGAAGCCCGGAAGCCGGCGAUGGACAAGCCACUGCCACACAACAUACAGCUGAACACAUCCUCAAACUUUCCUCCAGUUCUUCCCAUAGUGUGACAACGUCUUCUUCAACCCCAGCACCUCAAGUAUUUCCAGUUAGCUCUCACUACCGGGAUCCUCCUCCCCAGAAAACUCAACUUGGCUCAGGGAACCAUGGUUCAGAGCACGAGAGUUACACACCUAUGAAAGCCCCAUCCAGAUGUCCAACUGUGGAGUCUGUUGGCUCUCCUGCGUCCGUCCCAGCUGAUCAGGAAGAAUUGGUCACUUGCCCUUCAGCUUCUAAAAAGGGAAGGAAUUUGUCACCCACCAACGCCUCCAGGUCUGAAAUGAGGUCACCCUCUAUUAAGUCUCAUCACAUUCCAGUAGACCAGAUAGUGAAGGAGCUCAAUGAUAUUGAGAUGAAGUUAAGCAACUUGGAGAAAGAGGGAGUAGAGCUGGAAAAGAAGCUUCGUAGCUGUGAGGAAGAGGGAGAUGGUGAUAUUUUGAUGGACCCGCUGAUGGUUGACUGGUUCAACCUCAUCAGAAGGAAGCAGAUGUACAUUAGGAAGGAGUCGGAGCUCGUCUACAUCGCCAGGACUCGAGAUCUGGAGCAGCAGCAGCCUGGUGUGGAGGGGGAACUUCGAAGGCUGUUGGAGAAACCAGAUCAUUUAAAGUCGAUGGCGGAGAGACAGCAGGAGCAGAAGCUGAUGGACAGACUGGUGGAGAUUGUGGAUGGGAGAAAUGCCAUCGUGGAGGGUUUGGAUGAAGACAGAUUGAGGGAAGUUGAAGAGGAUGAACAGUUAUCUCACAUGAUGCAGAAUCUUGGAGUAAAGAAAUCCAAACAUAAGAGGAAGUCGUCCAUGUCAAAGCUGUUCAGACGAAGAAGUAAAAGAGUAGUGGAGUGAUAACACCUGAGAACACGGUGAUGUGGGUAUUUGCUGUGUAUUUGUCAUUUUAAUGGUGUCUGAUUUUCA